AUGGUCAAUAUCGAGCUGAGCUACUUACCUUCUGAUUUGGUGAGUGGCAACGACUCACCACCGGUUUUCAUCACCACUGAUCGGCAACUGAAAAACUUUCUUACAUAUGUGAAGAACCAAGCUUCAAGGAGGUUAUGUGUGUGUAUUCGAUCUAAGGUCGAAUCUAACAUGAAUGAAGAAGCUGCUGAGUCACCUAACAGAGAAGAAGAGGCUAUGUUGUAUAAACUUCCAGAUGCUGCUAUUGAUUAUCAAACCAAGCCUGAAGAAGAUGAAAGUGAUGAUGAUAACGAGCAUGAGAUAGAUAUGAUCACUGGAAAGUAUGUCCGUUUUUCUCUGGUAGAUGUUGUGAAAAAGGGUCAACAUUUUUCUAGCAAAACAGCUUUGAAGGCAACAAUGGAGAUAUGUGCAAUGAAACAUAAUUUCGACUACAAGCUUGUGAAAUCGGAUAAAAAAGUUUGGUACGUUCGUUGCGCGGACAAUGAUUGCACCUGGCGUGUGCGUGCAGAGGGUUUAACGGUUGGCACUCUCACUAUGCAUAAGUAUGAAAGUGUGAAGGAAGGGCCAAAACCUAAUGAUAUCAUCCAGUUAAUGCAUAAUGAUCAUGGAGUUGAGAUAUCCUAUCCCUUAGCAUGGGAAGCACGAGAGUAUGCAGUAAAUGCUGUGAGAGGCAUUCCGGAGGAAGUUUAUGGAGAAAUUCCUAAAUACUUGCACAUGAUGAAGGAAGCAAAUCCAGGAUCACACACAUUUUAUGAAACUGACACCAACGGGAGAUUCAGAUUCCUCUUCAUCUCAUAUGGUCAGUCUAUUCGCGGUUUUCAAACUGCCCUUCGGAGAGUUAUUGUUGUCGAUGGGACCUUUUUGAAGAGUAAAUACAAAGGAGUAUUACUGGUUGCUACUGCUUUAGAUGGAAACUCGAACCUAUAUCCUAUUGCAUUUGGAGAUGUCGACUCAGAGAAUGACCGCGCUUGGGAAUGGAAUACCUCUAUCGCUAAAGCUCCUGCGAAAGUGUAUCCGCAUUCUCAUCAUGGAAUUUGCAUUCACCACUUGCUGAACAAUGUUGUUACCUAUUACAAGGGGAAAGGUGUCGCUGACGCUGAUGUGCAAAAGUGGGCUCGUUGUCAAUUUCCAGGUUACAGGUACGAUGUUAGGACCACUAACCCUGCUGAAUCAAUAAAUUCUGCGUUGCGGUCGCCUAGAGAGUUUCCAGUUAUACCUUUGUUGGACAGCAUAAUGGAGAUGAUGACUCGAUGGUUUUUCAAACGUAGAACUAAAAGUUCUAAGCAUACAAAACCACUGACCAUUGCUGUGGAAAAGAAGAUUAAUCGAAGGAUUGAAAAGAGUAAGAAGUUUCAGGUUUUCCCAGUUAGUGAUGACAGGUUUUUGGUUCAAGGUGACACUUUUGAAUGUAUGGUCGACUUGGUCAGACGCACAUGUUCAUGUGGGAAAUUCGAUCUGAUGAAAAUCCCCUGCAGACACGCCAUCAAAGCAGCUUUUAGUGUAGGGAUAAGAGCACACACACUCACUGACGACAUGUACACCACAGCUUCAUGGAGAUCGAUUUAUGCGGAAAGCAUAAACCCUAUUAGUGUCCCUGAAGAUGCAUGGAUUGCCCCACCUCACGUACAGCAAGCGGAAGUCCUUCCUCCAGAGACUAGAAGAGCUGCUGGUCGGAGAAAGAAACGAAGAUACGAGACAGUUGAAGACAAGAUCCGUUCAUCACAAGGAACUCAACGCUAUAAAAGUCGCAAAUGCAGUCGAUGUGGUGGUGUAGGUCACAACAGAUCGACAUGUGAUAGAGCAAUAUAG